UAAAAGAGGAGGACCAUGGUUGAGAUGGAAAAAGAGGUGCUCCCUCUGCCCCCCCGGUACCGGUUCCGAGACCUGUUGCUCGGGGACUGGCAGACCGAUGACAGGGUGCAGGUGGAGUUCUACGUGAAUGAAAACACUUUCAAGGAGCGCCUCAAGCUGUUCUUCAUCAAAAACCAAAGAUCCAGUCUACGGGUGCGUAUGUUUAACUUUGCUCUGAAAGUGCUGAGCUGUCUCCUCUACAUCGUCCGAGUCCUGCUGGACAACCCGCAAGAGGGAAGACAGGACUGUGUGAGCGGAGCAAACUGCACCAAGCCAAACACAACAUCCCGUCCCUGCAGCGAGUUUGACUGGAAACUGAUCAUCUGGGUUGACAGACCUCUGCCGCUGUGGGCACUGCAGGUGCUCGUUGCUUUCAUCAGCUUUUCAGAAACUAUGUUGCUGGUGUACCUCAGCUACAAGGGCAACGUUUGGGAGCAAGUGUUGCGUGUUCCUUUCAUUCUGGAGAUGAUCAGCGCCAUUCCCUUCAUGAUCACUGUGAUUCUGCCCUCCUUCAGAAAUCUCUUCAUUCCUGUAUUUCUCAACUGCUGGCUGGCCAAACACGCCUUGGAGAACAUGAUAAAUGAUCUCCACCGGGCGAUCCAGCGGACGCACUCCGCCAUGUUCAACCAGGUGGUGAUUCUCAUCAGCACGCUGGUCUGUCUCAUGUUUACAUGCAUCUGCGGGAUCCAGCACCUGGAGCGAGCGGGCAACAACCUGACCCUGUUCGACUCGCUGUACUUCUGCGUGGUCACCUUCUCCACCGUGGGCUUCGGAGACGUCACCCCUCAGAUCUGGCCCUCGCAGCUCCUGGUGGUCAUCAUGAUCUUCGUGGCGCUCAUUGUGCUUCCCAUUCAGUUCGAGCAGCUGGCCUUCCUGUGGAUGGAGCGGCAGAAGUCCGGGGGGAACUACAGCCGCUACAGGGCGCAGACGGAGAAGCACGUGGUGCUGUGCGUCAGCUGUCUCAAGAUCGACCUCCUCAUGGACUUCCUCAACGAGUUCUUCGCCCACCCCAGGCUGCAGGACUACUACGUGGUGAUCCUGUGCCCUGCAGAGAUGGAUGUCCAGGUCAGGAGGGUCCUUCAUGUCCCCCUGUGGGCCCAGAGGGUCAUCUACCUGCAGGGGUCAGCCCUCAAAGACCAAGACCUGAUGAGGGCCAAGAUGGACGAUGCUGAGGCCUGCUUUAUCCUCAGUAACCGGUUUGAAGUGGACCGCAUCGCCGCCGAUCAUCAGACAAUCCUCCGAGCCUGGGCGGUGAAAGACUUCGCGCCGAACUGCCCCCUGUACGUCCAGAUCCUCAAGCCCGAGAACAAGUUCCACGUCAAAUUCGCAGAUCACGUGGUGUGUGAGGAGGAGUUCAAAUAUGCCAUGCUGGCUUUAAACUGCGUGUGUCCUGGAACCUCAACUCUCAUCACUCUAUUGAUCCACUCCUCCAGAGGACAAACGGCUCCACAGGAGGCCUUCAAACAGCGUGUAGGAGCCUUUCAAGCCCUCAACAGGGAGGGAGGAGCGUGCUCGGCGGACCAGUGGCAUCGAACAUACCGGCGCUGCUCGGCCAACGAGGUGCAUCACAUCCGCCUGGAGGAGAGUAAAUUCUUCGGGGAGUACCAGGGGAAGAGUUUCACAUUUGCCUCCUUUCACGCUCACAAAAAGUACGGAGUGUGUCUGAUCGGCGUGCGCCGGCUGGACACCACCAACAUCCUGCUGAACCCGGGGCCGUGCCACAUCAUGGGAGCCUCCGACACCUGCUUCUACAUCAACAUCUCCAAAGAGGAGAACUCUGCGUUCGUCCGGGGCCAGAGGGAGUCGUCGACUUGGGGCGGCGCGGGGGGAAACACCAGGGGGGUUCACCAGACCAUCUACCACGGACUCACCCGGCUGCCAGUGCACAGCAUCAUCGCCAGCAUGGGCACGGUGGCCAUCGACCUGCAGGACUCCAGUGACAGCAGCCCAGAAGGUCAGGACCCGGGGAGCACCGGGCUCGGCAGCGGGCGGGGCAGCAGAAGCAGCUCCAGGACGGAGGUGGGGGGCGCGAACACUCUGGCUCUCCCGGCCAUGGGAGACUCAGCCGAGGAGCGGCGGCACAGCAUCGCCCCCGUGCUGGAGCUGGUGGACGGCGUCAAUAACCCGACCUUUGACCUCCUGGGGGAUCAGUCGGAGGACGAGGGGGGAGAGGAGGGCAAAGAGGACAGCGACAAAGAUGAGAGCGCUCACUGGUGGGGUCGGCACUGCGAAUGGGUGAAGGGGUAUCCGCUCAACUCGCCGUACAUCGGCAGCUCUCCCGCUCUGUGCCACCUCCUGCAAGAGAAGAUGCCUUUCUGCUGCCUGCGCAUGGACAAGGUUUGUCAUCACAUCCCUUUUGAGGACGCCCGCUCCUACGGCUUUAAAAACAAAUUGAUCAUCGUGUCAGCGGAGAGCGCGGGCAACGGCCUGUACAACUUCAUCGUGCCGCUGAGGGCCUACUACAGACCGAGGAAGGAGCUGAAGCCCAUAGUGCUGCUGCUGGAGAGCAUACCUGAAGCAGAUUUCCUGGAGGCAAUCUGUUGGUUUCCCAUGGUGUUCUACACGGUGGGCUCCAUCGACAAUCUGGACAGCUUGCUGAGGUGUGGAGUCACGUUUGCGGACACCAUGGUGGUGGUGGACAAGGAGAGCUCCAUGAUCGCAGAGGAGGACUACAUGGCCGACGCCAAGACCAUCGUCAACGUCCAGACGCUGUUCAGACUGUUUCCAGCCCUGAGCAUCAUCACCGAGCUCACACACCCGGCCAAUAUGCGCUUCAUGCAGUUUAAAGUCAAAGAUCAUUACUCUCUAGCUCUGUCCAAGCUGGAGAAGAAGGAGAGGGAAAAAGGGUCAAACCUGGUUUUUAUGUUCCGGCUGCCCUUUGCUGCAGGAAAGGUGUUCAGCGUGAGCAUGCUGGACACGCUCCUCUACCAGUCGUUCGUGAAGGACUACAUGAUCUCGAUCGCCAGGUUGCUGCUGGGCUUGGACUCCAUGCCUGGAUCAGGGUUCCUCUGUGCUAUGAAGAUCACGGAGGACGACCUGUGGAUCCGCACGUACGGCCGGCUCUACCAGAAGCUGUGCUCGUCCACCGGAGACAUUCCCAUCGGCAUCUACCGCACAGAAGCCCACAAGCUCCCAGUCUCCGAGUCCCAGGUUUCCAUCACAGUGGAGGACUACGAGGACACCCGGGAGCCCAGAGAGCCCCUGCUGUCUCGGACCAGCACCCACCGCAACUCCACCUCCUCGGAGCCCAUCUCCACCUCCUCCCACUCCUCGGACCACCCGCUGCUGAGGAGGAAGAGCAUGCAGUGGGCCCGGCGGCUGAGCAGGAAGGGGGGCCGGAGCUCCAGCGGGGCCAAGGGGGGACCGGGCAGCGCCGCCGAGAGGAUCAGCCAGCAGAGGCUCACUCUGUUCAGGCGCUCCGAGCGGCAGGAGCUCAACGCUCUGGUGCGGACCAGGAUGAAGCAUCUGGGUCUUUCUCCAACUGGAUUCAAUGGGAUGACAGACCAAGGUAACAGGCUGUCGUACAUCCUCAUCAACCCGUCUCCAGACGCCAGGCUGGAGCUGCACGACGUCGUGUACCUGAUCAGGCCGGACCCCCUCUCCCUGGUGCCCAAUCAGGGCAGCGGCAGGAAGUGCAGCGCCGGGAUCUCGGAGAGCCACAGGUUCGACACGCAGGACAGCACCCACCUGUAAGACUCUG